AUGCUACCUGUAUCAACACUGCUGGCAAUUUUACUUGUACUUGUAACACUGGAUAUGAAGGAAAUGGAGAGUUCAUGUACAGACAUAGAUGAAUGCUUAACUAAUACUCAUAACUGUGAUAGUAAUGCUACCUGUAUCAACACUGCUGGCAAUUUCACAUGUACUUGUAACACUGGAUAUGAAGGAAAUGGAGAGUUUUGUACAGACAUAGACGAAUGCUUAACUAAUACUCAUAACUGUGAUAGUAAUGCUACCUGUAUCAACACUGCUGGCAAUUUCACAUGUACUUGUAACACUGGAUAUGAAGGAAAUGGAGAGUUGUGUACAGACAUAGAUGAAUGUUUAACUAAUACUCAUAACUGUGAUAGUAAUGCUACCUGUAUCAACACUGCUGGCAAUUUUACAUGUACUUGUAACACUGGAUAUGAAGGAAAUGGAGAGUCAUGUACAGACAUAGAUGAAUGUUUAACUAAUACUCAUAACUGUGAUAGUAAUGCUACCUGUAUCAACACUGCUGGCAAUUUCACAUGUACUUGUAACACUGGAUAUGAAGGAAAUGGAGAGUCAUGUACAGACAUAGACGAAUGCUUAACUAAUACUCAUAACUGUGAUAGUAAUGCUACCUGUAUCAACACUGCUGGAAAUUUUACAUGUACUUGUAACACUGGAUAUGAAGGAAAUGGAGAGUUUUGUACAGACAUAGAUGAAUGUUUAACUAAUACUCAUAACUGUGAUAGUAAUGCUACCUGUAUCAACACUGCUGGAAAUUUCACAUGUACUUGUAACACUGGAUAUGAAGGAAAUGGAGAGUCAUGUACAGACAUAGAUGAAUGUUUAACUAAUACUCAUAACUGUGAUAGUAAUGCUACCUGUAUCAACACUGCUGGAAAUUUUACAUGUACUUGUAACACUGGAUAUGAAGGAAAUGGAGAGUCAUGUACAGACAUAGAUGAAUGCUUAACUAAUACUCAUAACUGUGAUAGUAAUGCUACCUGUAUCAACACUGCUGGAAAUUUUACAUGUACUUGUAACACUGGAUAUGAAGGAAAUGGAGAGUUUUGUACAGACAUAGAUGAAUGUUUAACUAAUACUCAUAACUGUGAUAGUAAUGCUACCUGUAUCAACACUGCUGGCAAUUUCACAUGUACUUGUAACACUGGAUAUGAAGGAAAUGGAGAGUCAUGUACAGACAUAGAUGAAUGCUUAACUAAUACUCAUAACUGUGAUAGUAAUGCUACCUGUAUCAACACUGCUGGCAAUUUCACAUGUACUUGUAACACUGGAUAUGAAGGAAAUGGAGAGUCAUGUACAGACAUAGAUGAAUGCUUAACUAAUACUCAUAACUGUGAUAGUAAUGCUACCUGUAUCAACACUGCUGGCAAUUUCACAUGUACUUGUAACACUGGAUAUGAAGGAAAUGGAGAGUCAUGUACAGACAUAGAUGAAUGCUUAACUAAUACUCAUAACUGUGAUAGUAAUGCUACCUGUAUCAACACUGCUGGCAAUUUUACAUGUACUUGUAACACUGGAUAUGAAGGAAAUGGAGAGUCAUGUACAGACAUAGAUGAAUGCUUAACUAAUACUCAUAACUGUGAUAGUAAUGCUACCUGUAUCAACACUGCUGGUAAUUUCACAUGUACUUGUAACACUGGAUAUGAAGGAAAUGGAGAGUCAUGUACAGACAUAGAUGAAUGUUUAACUAAUACUCAUAACUGUGAUAGUAAUGCUACCUGUAUCAACACUGCUGGUAAUUUCACAUGUACUUGUAACACUGGAUAUGAAGGAAAUGGAGAGUCAUGUACAGACAUAGAUGAAUGCUUAACUAAUACUCAUAACUGUGAUAGUAAUGCUACCUGUAUCAACACUGCUGGCAAUUUCACAUGUACUUGUAACACUGGAUAUGAAGGAAAUGGAGAGUCAUGUACAGAUGAAUGCUUAACUAAUACUCAUAACUGUGAUAGUAAUGCUACCUGUAUCAACACUGCUGGCAAUUUCACAUGUACUUGUAACACUGGAUAUGAAGGAAAUGGAGAUAAUGCUACCUGUAUCAACACUGCUGGUAAUUUCACAUGUACUUGUAACACUGGAUAUGAAGGAAAUGGAGAGUCAUGUACAGACAUAGAUGAAUGCUUAACUAAUACUCAUAACUGUGAUAGUAAUGCUACCUGUAUCAACACUGCUGGCAAUUUCACAUGUACUUGUAACACUGGAUAUGAAGGAAAUGGAGAGUUGUGUACAGACAUAGAUGAAUGCUUAACUAAUACUCAUAACUGUGAUAGUAAUGCUACCUGUAUCAACACUGCUGGCAAUUUUACAUGUACUUGUAACACUGGAUAUGAAGGAAAUGGAGAGUCAUGUACAGACAUAGAUGAAUGCUUAACUAAUACUCAUAACUGUGAUAGUAAUGCUACCUGUAUCAACACUGCUGGCAAUUUCACAUGUACUUGUAACACUGGAUAUGAAGGAAAUGGAGAGUCAUGUACAGACAUAGAUGAAUGUUUAACUAAUACUCAUAACUGUGAUAGUAAUGCUACCUGUAUCAACACUGCUGGCAAUUUCACAUGUACUUGUAACACUGGAUAUGAAGGAAAUGGAGAGUCAUACAUAGACGAAUGCUUAACUAAUACUCAUAACUGUGAUAGUAAUGCUACCUGUAUCAACACUGCUGGCAAUUUCACAUGUACUUGUAACACUGGAUAUGAAGGAAAUGGAGAGUCAUGUACAGACAUAGACGAAUGCUUAACUAAUACUCAUAACUGUGAUAGUAAUGCUACCUGUAUCAACACUGCUGGUAAUUUCACAUGUACUUGUAACACUGGAUAUGAAGGAGAUAUAAGUCAUGUACAGGUAAUAUCAGUAGACAAUGUACUAGUAAUGGACUAUGGUCUGAGAUCAAUCAAAGUGCUUGCCCUUUAG